AUGUCCAAGUCAAUCGUCAACACCAACCCUUACCCGUUCCACUUCGAGGCGAGCACUCAGCCAAACUUCAAGAGAAAUGGUGAUCGUGUCACCAUCAACUUGGACAAUUCACGUGGCCGUAUUCCCUCGUUUCAGGCAUCUAAGCUGCGGUCUUUGAUGCAAGAAUCUCACGAUGACCCCUCAAAGAUUGUAGCCCAUGUCUGCAGUUACGAUGCGCUCAGCUCGCGGCUCUGCGAGGAAGCCGGGUUUCCCAUUGUGUUCCUCGCUGGCUAUGCUAUGGCGUCCGCUUUUGGUCUGCCUGACACCGGAUACAUCGCCUUCCAGGAGGUUGCGGCCAAGGUUCAGGAGGUUGCGAGGGUCACUAGCAUCCCGAUUCUUGUCGACGGUGACACCGGCUACGGCGGUCCCAUGAAUGUUAGAAGGACCGUCGAAGGUUUUGCUACUGCCGGCGCUGCUGGAAUCAUGGUUGAGGAUCAAACUUGGCCGAAGAGAUGCGGACACACCGCGGGAAAGAGUGUGGUGUCCAGAAGCGAAGCUUACGCCCGAUGGCAGGCAGCAGUUGAUGCUAGGAAUGAAGGGCUGGAUAUCUGGAUCAUGGCACGAACUGACAGCUUGAUUCUUGGGUACGACGAGGCGCUUGCCAGAGCUCAAAAGGCGAUUGAGAUUGGCGUUGACGCCGUCUUCGUCGAGGCCCUCCCUGAUCGCGAGACAAUGGCACGCCUUCGCAAGGAUCUCGACUUCCCUUUGUUCGCCAACAUCAUCGAAGGCGGCAAGACGGAGAAUCUUUCAGCAAAGGAUUUGGGCGAGCUUGGGUACUGCGGUGUGGCAUACCCGUGGACUCUUGUGGCGACGAAGUUGAGAAGCAUUCGUGAAACCUUGGAGGCGCUGAAGGGCUCCCUCACCGUUGGUAAGCCACCAACGGUUUUGUCGUAUGUUGAGGUGUGCGAUGGAGUGGGGUUCAACAAGUACUUUGAGCUGGAAGAACGCUACCAGUUCGAGGGACGGACCAAUGGCGCGAACGGCCACCAGUGGAAGAACUAG